AUGUUCGACGGAAAGAUCAGGAUGUGGCUCGUCGUGAAGUACCUGCCCGCCGCCCGCAACUCCCGCAACCGCCCCGCCGGCACGAUUGUCCCUACGAUCGUCAACGUUGAUGCAGUAUUGUACCGCGACUACGUCAUCACAAGGGUCAUACCUGCGAUCAAGGACAAGUUUCCAAGCGUCAACAAGAGAGUGCGCCAACCGCCCAAUAGCCCAGACCUGAACGUGCUCGACUUGGGGUACUUCGCCUCCAUCCAGUCUCUACAAAACAAGGUGGUGAGUCAUUCCAUUGAUGACGUGAUUCAAUCGACGCUUGCAUCCUUUGAGGCGCUCAGCUCUGAAAAGCUUGAGAAUGUCUUCCACACUUUUCAGGCCGUCAUGCGUCUUGUGCUUGAGCACAACGGUUCUAACCACUUUCCCUUACCCCAUCUCAAGAAGGACGCCAAGCGACGCACCGGGACACUUUCGGCAAACUUGUCCUGCCCAGCUACCCUCUUAGGCUAG